AUGGAUUAUUAUAACUCCGCUUGGCUCGGAGUCGUUCCCUAUGAAACCUGUGGUCCGGAAAAUAAGCCUGGUGUUUCCAUUCGCACUUCUUAUUUGCCAACGAAAUUGACAGACCUCAAGAUCGACUCUCGAGGAGGAUUUGUUGAAAAGUUCGAGCAACUUGCCUCCACCGUCCCAGUGGCGUAUUAUUCUGGCAACGGCUCUUUCAGUGGAUAUUGGGUUACUUUGGAGAGUACUUAUAUUUUCAAAUAUGAAACGGCUAUAAGAUGGAGUAUCUAUGCCUGUGAGACAGGACACACGAGGAAUUUCGCCGUUUUUCAUGAGAAUGCAUUGAAGAAUGUAAGCAGUGUUUUGACAGCGCAGGGCAAAAUUAAGGGCAUAAAUUUACAGCCGUAUUCCGUUGAGAACUUCUAG